GUAACAACACACACCCUGAUUGGCUGUCCAGACUCCCACGAGGGGUCGCAUGCAAAAGAUUUGCGAAAGGGUUUAUUGUUUCUUUGCUUUCGGGAGCCGAAAUUGUUUGCUAUCUGCUCAGUUCUACAAUCAAAUAACGACACGGAAAAAUGGCUGGUGGCAAGGCAGGAAAAGACAGUGGCAAAGCCAAGGCAAAAGCAGUGUCUCGCUCCCAGAGAGCUGGGCUGCAGUUCCCAGUGGGUCGUAUCCACAGGCACUUGAAGACUCGCACAACCAGCCACGGGCGCGUAGGAGCCACAGCAGCUGUGUACAGUGCAGCUAUCCUUGAGUACCUCACCGCUGAAGUACUAGAGUUGGCGGGUAAUGCCUCCAAAGACUUGAAGGUGAAGCGUAUCACUCCCCGUCACUUGCAGCUGGCCAUCCGUGGUGACGAGGAGUUGGACUCCCUUAUCAAGGCAACAAUUGCUGGAGGAGGUGUCAUUCCCCACAUCCACAAAUCCCUCAUUGGGAAGAAGGGCCAGCAGAAGACUGCAUAGACGCCAUGUCGACCAGAAAUUUCGGGGCUUGGGCUUUGAUCGGACCAGGAGUUCACAUUUGUUCUUUUUUAUUAUUAAUAUUAUAGCAAACGAAGAGUGAUUGUUAGGAUUUGUGUUGUAAUAUUUUCCCAUAACUAGAAAAAAAAGUACAGAAAACCCCUUAACGACAAAAAAAAACUUUGUAUGUUAUUGUAGAAGGUUUGACUGGGGAGUUCAUUAUUCUUUCAAAUGGUGACAGUGGAUUUGUUUGAUUGGCCUGGGACUCUGUAAUGUUUUAUACUGAAAGAAAUUGUUAAAACCGUUUUUUAUAUAAAAGAAACUUGUUUUGUGGUUAUUUUCUUGAAGUUAUGAUGUUUACUAUAAUACAAGUUUUUAAGGAGACGUUUCUUUUUGGACAGCAAAUUAGGUAACGAGAGCUAAAUGUGAGACGGUGCUUUUUUCCAUUUUGACUUGUUGUAACAUUUUGAACUGCACACAGAUGGUAAUGUAUUAAAAGUUGAAUUUUUUUACAUCAAAAUGAAAAGUCAUUGAAAACAAGUUAUUGCACGCCAACAAAUGUGUUAAACUUUAAAUGUGGUGAUCGGAUGACACUGAUCCUGCAGUUUCUGCCUCACUGUGGAGCCGCCUGUCAAGCUCAUAUCACUACUACAUAGCUGUUACACGGAUAUAUGGAGAAGGUGGUUUUUAAGUAUGAAAAUCUGGCAGAUCUGAACCGUAUCAGUGCUUAAGAAAUGUACCUACAUGUAUGAACAAACUGAAAUGUGCCGACCUGAAGUCCAUUAAUUUUUUUCAAGUAAAAUACAAAGAGUUUUUAAAAGCUGUGUGUUCAGGGAAAUGACGUAUUUUAUCUUUGAAUAAAUACUCGUUGCAUGUUGU